AUGUGUAUUAUAGAGAAAAAGACGAUUUUCGUUACGUGCGGCGCAACGAUACCCUUCCCAAAGCUCGUCUCAUGCGUGUUGAGUAAUGGAUUUUGCCAAGAAUUGAUUCAAUAUGGGUUUGUGCGACUGAUUGUUCAGUUUGGGAGGAACUACGGAUCCGAAUUUGAGAAUACGGUACAAGAAUAUGGGGGCCAAAAAGAGGACAAGAUGAUUCCAAUUGAGAGGCUUGGCUGUGACCACAGCGCAAGGCAGUAUACCUUAAUGGAUGGGAAGUUAGAAGUGAUUGGAUUCGAUUUUUCCACCAAAAUGCAAAGUACUAUACGUGAUUAUUCAGACUUGGUAGUGUCACAUGCCGGAACAGGCUCGAUAUUGGAUUCUCUUCGAUUAAAUAAACCUCUCAUAAUCUGUGUUAAUGAUUCUUUGAUGGACAACCAUCAGCAGCAAAUAGCAGAUAAGUUUGUGGAGUUGGGUUAUGUAUGGUCUUGCGUGCCCACUGAAACAGGAUUGAUAGCUGGUCUACGGGCAUCUCAAACAGAAAAGCUCAAAUCGUUCCCUGUCUCUCAUAACACAUCGUUUGAACGACUACUUACCGAACUGAUAUAUAGUUAG